UCCCUCUCUACCCAAUAACAAACACAAAAGAUACCUCUAUCUCAAAGAUCUCUUUCUCUCUUUAAUUUUCUUCAAUGGGAAAUGCAGUAGUGACACCAUGCUUUCAACAAAACAAAAAUUCAUCAUCGUUAUUAUCGUCGUCGUCAUCAUCCUCGGUUAAGCUUAUCUUCUGGGAAGGUAGCACAAGAUCCCUCAAGGGUAAGCACAUUGCCGGCGAGAUCAUGUUCGAGUUCCCGGACAAGAUGGUUUGCCAUGCAGAUUCCUUCUUCAUUGGACACCCCAUUCCAUCUUUAGCCAUAGACGAUGAACUCAUGCCAGGGCAAGACUAUUUUGUUCUCCCCAUUGAUCGAUUUUCAUGCAAAACCCUCUCUGCAUCUUCACUCUUGUCAUUGGGGUCACACCAUAAUAGGAGUAACAAGUCCACUAUCAAAUUUGGGGAGUGCCCUUUUGAGUACUUGAAAGGUUCUAACGGAAGGGUGUUGAUAAAGGUCACGCCAGAGUUUAUAACAAGGCUCAUUAAUGGAGAUAAAGGACCAGGUUGCCAUAGCAAUGAUAGCUUCCUUUGCAGCACUCCUGAGUUGAAAAAGCACUAUCAACAGCUUGUGAGGUCUAAGGACCAGGUUUGGUCACCUAAGCUUGAAACCAUUUCGGAAUACAAGGUUAGGUUUUCACCAUGCAGAUUCAUAGGUUUAGGGAAGGAAAAAGAAAAGGUAGAGGCGGGUGUUUCUGCUAGAUAGUUUAUGCAUUGAGUUUUAGAAUAGCGAGCUACAAUUGAAUUUUGUACACUGAUUGAUUAUAUAUAUAUAUAUAUCAAUUAAUUGUGGCCUCGAUAUAGA